UAGUAGCAGCCUGCAGUGCCGCCUUGUGUUUUUCCUGACCGAUAGAACUCGGUCUGUGUUUACAAUUAUCUAAUCAUUAAUUAAAUUGGAACUAUGUCUUGGAUUGGUAGCACAAUUCAAAAAGUCGGAAGAGCAGCGCUCCUCGCGGUGAACCAUAAAACCGUCGCCCCAAUCUCCUCCACAUCCAGCACAGUGCGUAACCUGUCUCAUGCGGAGCGACGAGCUGGAGGCCCCACUGUCCGCCGCUAUGGAUACAAGGACAAGAUAUUCAAGUCAGGAUUGCUGCCGCACGUCGACAACGGCCGAAAGCUACCUAUGCCCGAGUACCGGCCAAAGAACGCAUGGUCCCAGAAGCGCGCCCUCUUCGGACAGAACGACUACAUCGACAUACUGGGCAACGACCGCCUACACCCGGUGAAGGUGUUGUAUUCAGUGCCUUCCUGGCUGCGUGGUGUCUCUGGCAACGAGUAUCAGGUGCUACUGCGAAAACGCCGAGUGUUGGAGAAGUCCAAAUACCCCGUUGCACGACCCACCAAAUGGAGAGACAUGGAAAAGCGCAUUCUCUACCUGUACAAGUUCCUCAAUCGCAAGACCAAGACGGGUUACUCACACCAGUAGAUCAUUUAUGAUUAAAUAAAAUGUUUUCUUUUAAUCUGA